AUGUUCCUGCCAGUAGCUAUAGCUUCUAUUAGUGAUGCCUACAUAUCAAUUGAUCGUAUAAAUGACUUUUUGCAGGCUGAUGAAUUAUCAGUUUUACCGGAAGUCAAUCCAAACGAACAAUAUGCUAUUAAAGUUACUGAUGGUGAAUUUAUCUGGGAAAAAAGUGAUAAAAAUGAAAAUGAUUCUUCACCUACUAUUAGUAACGAAAAGGCCCUAGAUGCCUCUACAGUUUCGACUCCUGCUGAUUUAGCUGAAAACUUUGAAAAUUCUCAUCCACUUUCUCCAAGGUCUCACCUUUGUAAUAUUAAUGUUUCAAUACCUCAUGGAAAAUUAAUUGCUAUUGUUGGUUCCGUAAGUUCUGGUAAAUCUUCAUUAUUGUCAGCUCUGGUUGGCGAAAUGAAAAAAAUUAAAGGAGAGGUCUUAUUUGGAGGAAAUCUUGGGUAUUGUCCUCAAAGUGCGUGGAUUCAAAAUGCUACACUUAGGAACAAUAUUACUUUUGGAUUACCUUUUGAUGAAGAAAAGUAUUUACAAGUUAUUAAAGAUUGUUGUCUAGAACAAGAUUUAAAAACAUUGCCUGAUGGUGACUUAACCGAAAUUGGAGAGAAAGGAAUUAAUUUAUCUGGAGGACAAAAACAACGUGUCAACAUCGCAAGAGCUGUGUACUAUAAUGCAGAUAUCGUGUUAUUAGAUGAUCCAUUAUCGGCAGUUGAUGCAAAUGUUGGAAAAUACUUAUUCACAAACUGUAUUCAAGGUGCACUUGCCAAAAAAACACGCUUAUUUGUUACACAUCAUUUACAUUAUCUGCCACAAGUCGACUGUGUAAUAUAUAUGGAAAACGGUAAAAUUGUUGAACAAGGAACUUAUGAAAAGUUAAUGAAUAAUGGGAAAUCAUUUUCGAAAUUGAUUGUUGAAUAUGGUGAAACCAAAAAUGAUGAUGAAAUAAAAAAUGACGAAAAAUCAAUAUUGAAAGGAAGAAGUCAGACAUUUGACUUGCCUAAGGGGUUAAUGUCAACGGAAGAACAAUACAGAGGGGCAGUGAAUAAUGAAAUAUAUUUUGCAUAUUUCAAGAAUGCGGGUGGAUUAUUAUCAAUAUUAAUCAUUAUUUUCUUGCUUGUUAUGAUGCAAGGAACAAAUAUUGUAAAUAAUUUAUGGCUUUCAUUUUGGUCUAGCAACACGUUUGAACUUCCAAUAGGACUUUAUGCAUGUAUCUUAAAAUUUAUGAAAUCUCAAAUUGCAAUGGGUGUUUAUUGCGCAUGGGGAGCCACUCAAGGAAUUUUUAGUAUUUUAUGUGGUAUUGCAUUCUCUUACAGCGGUGUCAAAGCAGCCAAAAGACUACAUUAUAAUGCAAUUAAACGUGUAUUAAGAGCACCAAUAAGUUUUUUUGAUACUACUCCCUUAGGAAGAAUUAUUAAUCGUGCUAUUGGAACUUUUAUUCUAAUCGUAGUGGUAUUUAAGUGGUUUAUUAUUCCGUUGGUUCCUUUGACCAUACUUUAUUAUUUAGCGGCUCUUUUUUAUCGGGCGUCUAAUCGCGAGUUAAAGCGUCUUGGUUCAGUAUUAAGAUCUUCGUUAUAUGCUCAUUUUUCCGAAACACUUACAGGGCUGCCGAUUAUUCGCGCCUAUCGUGAACAAGAAAGAUUUUUAAGAAAUAACGAAGCAUUCUUAGAUAUCGAAAAUAGAGCAAACUUUCUCACAAUAUGUGCCCAAUUAUGGCUUUCAGUGCGUCUUGACACCAUUGCAAAUAUCUUAGUACUUUUUGCAAGUUUUUUUGCAAUAAUUUUUAGAUUUAAUAUUGCACCCUCAAUUACUGGAUUAGUGUUAUCUUAUGCACUUCAAGUUAGCAUUUCUUUAAAUUGGUGUGUUAAAGAAGUUGCUGAAGUAGAAGCAAAUAUGAACUCAGUGGAACGUUUAGUUCACUACAGUGACGAUUUAGAAGUAGAGGCCGAGAAUAUAAUGCUGGACAACAGGCCACCACCUGGAUGGCCAGCUCGUGGAGAAAUUCACAUUAAAAAUUUGGAAAUUAGAUACAGACCUGAUAGUCCUCUAGUUCUGAAAGGCAUCUCAGUCAAUAUUAUGGCUGCUGAGAAGAUUGGAACAGUUGGCCGAACUGGAUGCGGAAAAUCAACGUUGGCAAUGUCGUUCUUUAGAUUUAUUGAACCAACUUCUGGAAGUAUUGUAAUUGACAAGGUCGAUAUUAGUACUAUUAGAUUAAAAGAUUUGAGAAGUAAUAUUACUAUCAUACCUCAGGAUCCCGUACUAUUUGAUGGCACUAUAAGAAGCAACUUGGACCCAUUCAAUGAGCAUAGCGAUCUCACGUUAUGGAAUGCACUUCGUCGUGUACACUUAAUUGGCCUUACUUCUGAAAAGGAAGAAUCAGAAAAUGUCCUUUCAAUUUCUGAACAGAAAAAUAACGAGAAAGAACAAAUAAUGCUUGACUCACCUGUCAAAGAAAAUGGAUCAAAUUUUUCUCAAGGCCAACAGCAGCUGAUUGCAAUGGCCAGAGCACUAGUUCGUCAUUCCAAAUUGAUUAUAAUGGAUGAAGCUACUGCUAGUAUAGAUUUUAAAACUGAUCAUCUAAUACAGGCUACAAUUAGAGAAGAGUUUAAAGAUAAUACUGUCAUCACUAUUGCACAUAGGUUGCGAACGGUUGUAGAUUACGAUAGAAUUCUAGUUAUGGAUGCCGGAAAUGUAGUUGGAUUCGAUAUUCCAUAUCUGUUGAUGCAAAAGCCUGAUGGAUUGUUUAAAGAAAUGUGUGAAAGAAGUGGCGAAUUUGCAGAAUUAAUAGAGAUUGCAAAGCUGAAAUAUGAUAGUAAAUUGCUAACGCAUUAA